AUCUCAUCCCACAAGCUCAAACCAAACAGUUAGCCUCUCUCCUUCGGCCACCUCGUCCUCACGAAAACACCUUCACUUCCAUUUCGUUUUCUGCAGCUAGUUCUGCAUUGACGCCCAUGGAAAUGGCAGCUAAGUCCCUGGUUUUGUGCACAGUGCUUGCGGUGUGCCUCGCGGUCGCCGCGGCUGACUGGUCUCCGGGCACCGCCACGUUCUACGGCGGACCCGACGGCUCCGGCACGAUGGAUGGCGCGUGCGGGUACGGGAACCUGUACAACGCCGGGUACGGCGUCAACAACGCGGCGCUCAGCGAGACGCUGUUCAACGACGGCGCGUCGUGCGGGCAGUGCUACCUCAUCAUGUGCGACACCAGCAAGUCGACGAGUUGCAAACCCGGCAACACCAUCACGGUCACCGCCACCAACAUGUGCCCGGCCAACUACGUGCUGCCAAACGGCGGCUGGUGCGGCCCGGGGCGGCCCCACUUCGACAUGUCGCAGCCGGCGUGGGAGAACAUCGGCAUCUACAAGGCCGGCGUCAUCCCCGUCCUCUACCAGCGGGUCCAAUGCUCGCGCAGCGGCGGCGUGCGCUUCAGCUUGGCCGGCUCCAAAUACUUCUUGCUCGUCAACAUCCAGAACAUCGGCGGCAGCGGCUCCGUGGGAGCCGCCUGGGUCAAGGGCACCGAGACGGGGUGGAUCCAAAUGUCCAGGAACUGGGGCGCCAACUGGCAGGCUCUGUCCGGGCUCGUCGGCCAGGCGCUCAGCUUCGCCGUGACCAGCACCGGUGGGCAGUACCUGCAGUUCCCGGACGUUGUGCCGGCGUGGUGGCAGUUCGGCCAGACCUUCACCGCCACCAAACAGCAGUUCACUUACUAAAACGUGCAAGCGGCCGGAGUGACCGAUCUCCUUCGCCAUUUCUUGCGGUUCGGUGGAAUGGCGAGUGCGUGCUCGUGAUUUCGACGGAGCUAGCUGCACUUGCCAUUGCAUCCUUGGUGGCCGGCAUUUCCCCUAUGUGAUGCUCCGACUGCGGGAGCUGCGCGCGGUGACGUGUAAUUUCAUAUUUCGUCCCACUUUUGUUAUGUCCAACAAUUUGUUUUUCUUAAUUUUCUUAUCUAUCUUGUUAUUUGAGUCUUACAUAUAUGUAAUAAUAAAUAUUUUAAAUGAAUUAUGGAAAUUAUUAUUUGAUGGGACAACAAAUCAUUAUCAC